AUGGUUAUCUGGUCUCAGAGGACGGACACACUGACUGCGGCGGACACCGGGAAGAGUCCGAAGACGGAGCAAAACUACAGCGACAUGAAUGUGAUCGAUGGCCUCAAACUGUUGUACACAUCGCGAGUACUUCCACUGGAAAAGCAUUAUCUCUUCGAUGAGUUUCAUUCGCCGCCAUUAGAGGACUCGUACUUCGAGGCCAAGCCAUCCAUUCUGAUGGUCGGCCAGUACUCGACCGGAAAGACCACUUUCAUCAAGUAUUUGCUGGAGAAGGAGUACCCGGGUAUGCGUAUAGGACCCGAGCCCACGACCGACCGCUUCAUCGCCGUUAUGCACAACACCACCGAAGGGUUGAUUCCGGGCAACGCUCUGGUCAUUGACGCGGACCGACAGUUCCGACAGUUGGCAAAGUUUGGCAAUCCUUUUCUCAAUCGGUUGCAGAUCUCGGAGACCAACAGCGAAGUGCUGGAGAGCUUGUCAUUCAUCGACACUCCGGGCAUAUUGUCGGGUGAGAAACAGCGGACAGAUCGCGGCUAUGACUUCACGGGUGUCCUCCAGUGGUUCGCCGAACGCGUGGAUCGCAUUGUAUUGAUGUUUGACGCCAACAAACUGGACAUCUCUGAUGAGAUGAAGAGCGCCAUCGAAGCCCUCAGAGGACACGACGACAAAAUGCGGAUCAUAUUGAAUAAGGCCGACACCGUUCCGCCCAAUCAACUGAUGCGAGUCUACGGCGCUCUCAUGUGGUCGUUGGCCAAAGUGUUGCGGACACCCGAAGCCGUGAGAGUCUAUAUCGGCUCCUUCUGGGACCGACCCCUUGAAUACGAUCUCAAUCGACAACUCUUUGAAACCGAAGAACAGGAUCUGUUGAAUGAUUUGACGACACUUCCCAGGGAUGGACGGCUGCGGCUGUUGAACGAUCUGAUCAAACGGACCCAAUUGGCCAAAGUUCACGCUCUGGUUAUCGCUGAGCUCCGGCGACAUAUGCCUCUCGUGUUGAAUAAGAAACAGAAACAGAAGGAACUGAUCCACCGGUUGAGCGCCAUAUACAGCGAUAUUCGGCACAAAUAUGGCAUACCUUUGAGCGACUUUCCCGCCAUUGAAACCAUGAAACAAAAGCUCCAAGACUUUGAUUUCAGUCGCUUUCAUUCGCACAACAAAUUACUGUUUCGGCAAAUCGACGAAAUGAUGGCCAGAGAUGUGCCAAAACUCAUGUCUAGCAUCGUAUCGGAACAGAUGUCGGCUCCGGUGGACGCCUACGAUAUAAAGGGCGGAAAGUUUGAUGUAUUAAAUCGCGAGCCGUUUGGAUACCUGAAGGGCGAGGGUUGGGACGCCGGCGCCGACGGCACCGCCCAAUGGAUUGUGGAGAAGAGCCGACACACGUAUGACAAAGUGUUCGCCACACUAUCGCCAGUGAACGGCAAGAUAUCGUCGGUGAGAGUGAAGGCAGAGAUGAUUAAAUCCAAACUACCCAACAGUACGUUGAAUAAGAUCUAUAGGCUGUCGGAUGUGGACCGCGACGGCCUGUUGGACGCCGACGAGUACGCGCUGGCCAUGCAUUUGAUGGCAAUCAAACUGGACGGACACGAUCUGCCCCUCGCUCUGCCCCCGCAUCUCGUCCCGCCCUCCAAACGCACCACCAAAUUGUGA